UUUCCCCAUCGCCUAUCCUGUUACAUUUUCUCCUUCUUCCAAUCACUAAACUUCCCAUCCUCCAUUUCCUGCUUUCGUCUGUUUGAUAUAUCCAGGUGAGAGAGAACCGCCCCUCCCCUCUUACACUUUCCGUGCCUCUGGUCAUCCCCGCGAAGAGCGAGAAAAAAAAAAUUGUGGGAAGGAAAACAGUGCAGACAGAGCCAUACAUACAGAUAGAAUUAGCAAUGCGCCUUUCACUAUCCCAGAAUGAAUCGCGUUGGAUUCAUCUGCUCUCCGACCUUCCUGUCGGUCUGGACCACCGUGGAGCAGCGCCCGCAACGCGCGGUCAGGCGGAGAAGGGACAACAAAUGGUCCAGCGCAUCUACACCAUCCAUCUUCCUGCCAUAUAUCAUCUACAUCCUGAAGCAGAAGCCCAACUGGCCUUCUUAUCAACAUUUCUUGCUCUAUUCUAUACGCCUUGUUCUGCCCGUUUGCGUGAUUCCGGGGCGAUCCGCCUGGCAUCGAGGACGGAGAGCGCACACAAGAGGGAAAUAGUAAUCAGAUUUGUAGAGCGCUUGCUGACGUUGACGUCCAGAAAUUCCAUCCACAAUGGGUCACGAAGAUGCUGUCUACCUGGCCAAGUUGGCCGAGCAAGCUGAGCGCUAUGAGGAGAUGGUCGAGAACAUGAAGGUUGUGGCUUCUUCGGACGUAGAACUCACCGUCGAAGAGCGGAAUCUCCUCUCCGUUGCCUACAAGAACGUCAUUGGCGCCAGACGUGCAUCGUGGAGAAUCGUCACCUCGAUCGAGCAGAAGGAAGAAUCGAAAGGAAAUGAGGCCCAGGUUGCACUGAUCAAGGAAUACCGCCAGAAGAUCGAAGCCGAGCUGGCCAAGAUCUGCGACGAUAUCCUCGAGGUUCUCGACAAGCAUCUCCUUCCCUCUGCCCAGAGUGGCGAGUCUAAGGUCUUCUACCACAAGAUGAAGGGCGACUACCACCGUUAUCUCGCCGAGUUUGCCGUUGGCGACCGCCGUAAGGCUGCUGCCGACGCUUCUCUUGCGGCCUACAAGAGUGCUACCGAGAUCGCACAGACUGAUUUGGCCCCGACUCACCCCAUUCGUCUCGGCCUUGCCCUCAACUUCUCCGUGUUCUACUAUGAGAUUCUUAACUCCCCCGAUCAGGCUUGCCACCUGGCCAAGCUUGCUUUCGAUGAUGCCAUUGCUGAGCUUGACACGUUGAACGAGGAGAGCUACAAGGACUCGACCCUUAUCAUGCAGCUUUUGAGAGACAACCUGACUCUCUGGACCUCCUCCGAGGCUGACCCUGCUCCCGAGUCGAAUGCGGCUCCCCCUGCCGAGAAGGAGGAAGAGGCUCCGGCUGGCGAGGGCGAGAAGCCUGCUGAGUAAAGAAGGGGUUAAUGAUAGUCGAAGUCGCGUUUUAGAAUGGAUGGACUACGGCGUAGAGGAUUAGAAUGAAGAAGGUAAAGGAGCGAGACACGGUUUUUCUUGUCCUCUGAUAACGUGGAAUGGAACCACCACGGACGGAUGGAAAUUGGGUCUUGAAUCUCUUUUUUAAUCAGUUGCUGUUUUUAUUUCUUUCCGUCUCGUUCUUCUCCCUUGAGCGCUUUUGGGAUUACCGGUGCUCCAGUUUCCAUCUAUGACAUUUUCUGCCUCUGCCUUUUGUCUGUUAGGCAUUUCUCGGAACUUCAGGCAAUAAAGUUACACUUGCUGUUUGAGCAACCAGUUAUCAAUAUUGAUAAGGAGUCUUGGAGUGCUAAGGCUUUUAGAAUCUAA